CGUCUCCAAUAAUGGCUCUUUUAACGGGGAAUGGAGAUCCGUUUUUCGAUUUCCUUUUUCCAUCUAAAUUAGAGGAAGAGAUUCCUGGGCGGCUCAUCAUAAACGAUGUGUUGAUCAACAUCCUUUCUAAAUUGCCCAUAAAAUCUCUCGUACGAUUCAAAUGUGUGUCCAAAGAAUGGCAGUCUUUCAUCUCGGACCCUUCUCUCCAAGAAAGUCUACCCAAACCCAUGUCCGGUCUCUUUUUACGCUAUUACACGUCAGAUGCAUUCCAAAUAUCUCUAUCUCGAUACACAUUCGUCCUCGCUGAUGGACGUCGGCCAAACUGCAACGAUGCGGUAGUGGACUUCGGUGAUCUCAGUUUCUUUCCGCGCCAUGAUGAAAUCUCCAUCGUCGAUUGUUGCAACGGGUUGGUGCUAGGCCUAGCUACCCAAGGGAACAACCUUGUGGAAAUGCCUGAGAGUGACCACUUGCCAUUCUGGAUGUAUUCGAAGAGCCGCUAUUUGAAGGAAACCUCAUCCAAUGAAAACAUGAUCAUAAAUGAAAACAUGAACGUUGGCGUACCUUAUUAUUAUGCCCAUUUCAGUCUGGUGGCUUUUCAUCCUGAUUUUGAGGUCAUCUUCCUUCAGACGGGUGUCAUGAUUCUUUCCUAUCAUUUCAACAACAUGGACUUGAAGGUAUGGGUUUCAAAGCCUGACUACUUCGGGGAUGCCUACCCUUUCUCACCUUGUUUGGCGGAUUUCUACGGCUGUGAACAGCGCUAGGAAUUUUCUAACUUUAUUGUGUUUGCUUUUCAGUCUGUUUUAUUUUUAGUCCAUGAUGUGAUCAUGGAAAUGAGGAGAGGUUGAACUCAAUGUUAUGGCAUUCUUGAUUAAGAGGUUUGUUAACAAGUCUUUAAUUAUCUAGCA